AUGGCAUUAUUGAGCUAUGCAGCAGAUCUUUAUAUGCCUCUUUUUUGUUCUUCGAGAACAUCAGUAGUGGUGCUCAAUUUGAUCAAUUUGUUGGCAAUCUAUUCUUUGGUGUAUUGGUCUUCAGAUUUUCUUCAAGCAAGAUAUGACGUGCCAGAUAUAUUUGUACCUAAUUCGCAAGAUUAUUUUAGGACAUCGUUGUUGGGGUUUCUAUCGCCAUUCCUGUUGCACUUCAUCAAAAGCUUCCUAUUCAACAUAAAUCCAAGAUAUCUGGCCGUUGAUAUCCUUAUCAAUUUCACUUUUAAUGACUGGUUCAUGCUCUUGAUCAUUUUCUCUCUAGCAUAUCCUCAGUUGCAAGAAUCGAAACCCAAUGAAGAAUUGGUAAAUCUCGUCCGAAACAACGGUCAUAUACCAACUGUAUGGCAUAUUAUACCAAAACAGUGCUAUAUCUUCGGCAUUUCGUGGUCCUUUAGUGAAGUAAUCAUUAGCGUUAUGGAGACGUUGUACAAUUAUGAGGAAGUAAGUUCUAUUUCGGAACAGGACGCAAAAGCAAAGGCAACAUCUGCUAAUUCUGAUAGUUCCGAAGACAUCAGGAAGGAAAUUGAACUAGACAAAUGUGUGAGCGUUAGAAUGCUGAGAUCAAAAAUUUCAAAGAAUGUAUAUAACUCUGGAUAUGGUGCUACAAACGUAGGAACAACGUUAUCUAAUAACGGUUCCGUAAAUCAGGACUCGAAUUCGGAUGAGUCCAGUAUGAUUAUCAAUUUCAACACAGACUCAAUGAACUUUUUAAAGGAUAUAGAAAGCCAUGGUAAUGAUCUGAACACAAGACAUGGAAUUCCGUUAAGGCCAAGAUCAUUUUCCUACCAACAAUUCCCUCACAGGCAAAUCAAAAUGUUCCCUCGCAUUCAAAACUGGAAGGAACUGAUAGGAAAACUUUUGCUUUCAAACCUCUUACAUCUAGACUAUAUCGUGAGCAAUAUUGGUCAAUCUUUGCUCAUGUCAAUUUAUUUCAUAUACGUUCCAAGCCAUCCAUCAUUGUUCACCAAAGUCGUGAUAUGUUUCGGGUCAAAAACCUUCACUAAUUUCCUUCUUUGCAUAAUAAUUCCAUUCAUUACGUUACAUGUAGUAUAUCAUGUUUUCCUAUACACAUGGAGAGAUCUCGUGAGUAACAAUGUCGAACCAUCUGCGAUACGUGCGCAAACUCAAAUGUCAGACUACACGUAUGGCUCCAUCAGGAGUCCACUGAUGUUACAAUCGUCAAACAAUGUUGCGUCUGUUUCAUCAAGCCCCGAAAAUAUUCUGCUUUACCAUUCUAUUCACCCACCUGCUGACACUCAGUUCCAAACUGAUGAUGGUAGGCUACUGCGACUUUCUCGUACUAUAGUAACAUAUUGGCAAUCGCUAGCAUCGAAGUCAUGGCUUAUUCCAAUCGGUCUCACCGUGUGGUCAGUGACUGUAUUUGUACUUGGAAUCAUGGCUACUAUCAAAUUCAACGGUUAA